ACCUGUUUGUGUGUCGUUUGAAUGUAAGGACGUGCUUACGUAUAAAUACACGUAUACAUACAUGCGACAUACAUCUAGAAGGUCGUAUAGAAGCAGACGUUUUGCAUCCUAUUCACAGCAUGGCGGACACGAUGAAUAAUACAACUGUACCCGAAAAAGAAGCAGAGUACAGUGUGGAAUAUAUGCUUGGAUUUUUUGUUAUUGUUGGUGUGUUGGGUAAUGGUCUCGCAAUUUGUGUAUUUGCCAGAAAAAAAGAGAAAUUGCCACAUACCAUAUUUAUUAUUACAUUAGCAUUCACGGAUUUUCUUACAUGUUCCAUAGUUGUUCCCCUGGCGAUAUACAUGAUCCAUAUGCGGUUUGAAACAAACUCCGAAAUCUUGUGCAAAGUGUAUUUUUUCCUAAUUACAUCUAAUGUACCUUUCUCUGCAUUUAUCAUGGUUGCUAUUGCAGUCGAGCGAUAUUUGUCAGUAUGCCAUCCUUUUUUGCAUUUAAUGAAACCUAAAAGUACAAUAUUCACUAUAUUAACAAUGUUGUUAUUUGCAUCUUCCCUGGGUGUAAUGACCUCUUUGAUGCAUAGGCCAAGGCCUGUUCCCUGUUCAAAUUCAUCGGAAAUCGAGGUAUUUCAGAGUUUUAAUAUUUCCAAAGACGGUGCAUUGAAUAUAACUGACUUUAUGAGAUUCGACGAACAAGUAUUUAACGAUAAUUUCACCAAUAAUUAUUUGAAUUCAUUAGACAAUGAAGAACAUUCAGAACAGUCUUGUACGAGAUAUUUCUGCAAAAUUUCCUUCCACCUUUUCUCUAAAGACUUUGUAAAUAUAUAUCAAAAAGUAUAUGCGUCACUUUUUCUGUUGUCUUUUCUCAGUACUUUAGUACUCUACGGCAUGAUAUAUCAUUGUGUGUUUUGGCGCAGAGCAAAACGUUGGAAAUCUCAUCUAAAACAGCAGCAGAUCCUCAGCAGCAACGGCGGCAUGUCACAAACAGUGAACACCGUAGUGGACAAUGAAGUAACUGAAUUAACCGUCUUCAAAAACUCGCCUACGAAUGCUGCAGCUGAUACGGAUACAACAGAAAAGACUGCUGCCAACGCUUCGAACCAUGAAACAGAAAUUAUUUUAAAGAAAGGUGCCAAAGCAAACACUUUAAAGCGGCAAAUUACAAUGAAAGACAAGAAUCGUUUCGCUAAUUUUAAACUUGCUGUUAUGCUGUUUGUGGUGAACUUAGUUUUCAUUUUUGCUUUCUUGCCAUCCUGGUUAAUGGCAAUCCAUAUAAUCAAAUUUACACCAAUUAUCUUCUACGCAUAUUUUUGUUAUAAUGUAGCUAAUCCUGUAAUAUAUGCAUUCUUAAACCCCUCGUUCAGGAAAGAUCUUUAUGCAUUGAUGUGUUUAGUAGUAAAGAAACGCUCUGCCAGGCAAUAUAUAUGACCAAAAACUGAAAUGAUGUCCGCUACUACAAUCUAUUAGCUACAGACUGCAUGUUCUAAACAAACAAAUAUACACAUCACCUAAAAUAAAAGUCUGAUGCUUGUGAACGUCAAUUUAUGUAUGCAUAUGUGUGGCAAUGACUAUGUGUAUGUCUGAUGUAUAUAGAAUUAAUAAGAACAAUAUGGGUUUAUCCCGAUCUGAACUGGAAUUUUGACCGACGUCAUAUAUAAACCACAAAAAAUA